AUGACCUUCUACUGUCCACUUGCAGUCUGCAUUUAGUGUUAGGUUUGACAUUCGAAAAUUGGUCAUAUUAUAUAUUUUCUAGGAAUUGCAUUUCAGCUAGCGGUUUUAGAUAGAAAAAUACAGUCGUGUUGGAAUAAUUAGCAAAGCUGCUGCUGCCUUCCGUUGAACCUCGUUUACAGACUUUUAGAGAAGUCGUCAAGCCUGCUUGCUAUAUUUCAGUCAUAAUGUUAGCAAGACGAUCGAGGUAUUUGACAAGACAAGUGCUCAAUUCAUGUUUGCUUGUUAGAAGUAUCACAAAUGCAAGUCAUGGAUACAUCGGUACCGCUAAUGUUUCUGUCGACAAGAAAACAUCAUUGGCCGACGAAGCGGUUUCUGUCAGCAUUUCAGGUCUUGAAGCUUUUCAGAAAAUAACGUUGCACGCAUUUUCACGUCUACAGAGCGGGUCAAUAUUUGAAAGCUUUUCGCAUUAUAUUGCUGAUGAAUCAGGAUGUAUCAUUCUGAACCAACAUCCUUCGCACGGUGGAAAUUUCGAAGGAAUAGAUGGAAUGGGUCCUAUAAGUCAUUUAGUAUCUUCCCCGUUAAAUAAGCGUAAAUAUGAACGCUUCAUGAUAAAAGAACCAAAGACACCAUUUACUGUCGAUUUUCGUACAUAUGAUAACUUUUGUCAUUCGCUCGAAUCAAUCGCCGAUCAAGGUUUGGUAAAGAACCCACCGAAUUUGUCUAUUGAAAGAACAUAUAUGUCCCCAAACGUGCAGGAAAUCAGUAUUUGGGAAGGAAGAGUGAGGGCCACUCUUUAUCUCCCUGAAGGAAAUGGGCCUUUUCCAGGUGUGAUAAGCAUGAGCGGAGGAUUUCCAGGUGCCAUGAAAUUCAAGGCCGCUCUACUGGCUUCUCGAGGAUUUGCAGCAUUAGCUUUGAAAUACUUUGGUGAAGAUGAUUUACCCAAGGAAAACAUGGAUGUAGAUAUAGGCUACAUUGAGGAAGCUUGCACUCUCUUACAAUCUCAUCCUAAAGUUGACGGAAGGAAUGGUGUUGGUAUAAUUGCCAAUUGCUUUGGUGGUCUUAUCGGCUUAGCAACUGCGAGUGUUGUCCCUGAAAAUCUUGUCAGAUGCGUCACCACAAUCAACGGCUGGCCAUUCAUCUUUGGAAAAUUCCGAUAUGGCGAUGAAAAGUGGUCAACAUCUAAAAACCUCAAGAAAACCGUAAAUGUAGAUAAAGACGGAUUAAUACACUGGUAUUACGAAUACAAACCUGCAGCAAAUGAAGAAACGAUUGAUGUUCAUGAUAGUGACAUAUUUCAUUUUUACAGACGCCGUAACACAUCGUAUAUGUUUGUAAUUGCGGAAGAUGACACAUACGUGCCAGCUGAAAUAGCUCUGAAACCUUUGAGGCGGAAGUUGGAACUAUCGGGUCAUCCGGACUGCGAGAUUUUAUUUUAUCCAAAAGCAGGACAUUUAAUCGAGCAUUCGUAUAAUCCCCACACUGAUGUAGCAUGGACUUUAGGCGAACCUCAUAAAGUUGGUGGUGUGCAACCAUAUCACGCUAAAGCACAACAAGAUUCAUGGCCAAAGAUACUGGACUUUACAUACGAAAGACUGGUUGGUAGACCGCGUCCCAUCUAUUAAUUCUGGAAAGAAAAUUUUUGAUUUGUGUUAUCGUGUAAACUUUAUGCCCCGUAAAUUUCGUUAUGCUGUAAUCAUUCAAUUAACAGCUUUCCGCUUGUCAUGAGGUCGCGAUACAACUUAUUUUUAAUUCCAAAAACUAUAACAUGUUAUCAUGCUCACCGUGAAAAAAUAAAUAGAAAUUAUAUUUAUUUUAUCGCUACCUCAAAUAAAGCUUUGUAUGGUCUCAA